UUUUUUUUUUUUUUUUUUUUUUUUGUUUUUUUCCCAAGCUGUUGUUUCUGUCAUCAUGGUCAACAUUUCCACUGCCGAUCUGCGCGAACCGCGCGUCUUCCUCUACAUUAUCGUCUGGUUCCUGGCCAUGAUCUCGUUUGGCUGCGUCGCGGGCCCCGAUUACCGCGAUUCUGGCUCGCUCGCCGGCGCAUGUCCCGGCUCGUUCAAGUACGACUCGCUCGACGCAAUCUGCAACAAUGACGUUAUCGGCAAAAGCUCAUGGAAGAGCAGCGGCGUCUUCAUGGUCGCCAUUGGUGUGAUUGUCUUUAUCUGGGCCUUCGUGAUGACUGUCGCUCAUGUCGUCUUCCCGUCCAAGCUGCCGCUGUCCAUGCCAAUCAUUGAGCUCGGUGUCAACAUUGCCAUGGUUUUCUUGUUCAUCAUUGCCUCGGCCGUCUGGGCCAAGACAGUUUCUGACAUUGGCGACGAACUCACUAGCUUUGGCAUUUCGUUCACCACCUGGAGGGCAGGCGCAGCAUUUGGAUUCUUGUCUACUUUUGCGUUGCUCGCGCUGGCCGUGUUCAUCGCCCUGAGCAUUCGCCGCGGCGCCCCUGCUGCUGCCCCUGCUGUCGUGUAACUCAACUCGACCGAGGCAUUGUGGAUGCGGGUGCUUUAAACAACCUUCAACAUCGCUCUUCGCCAAUACAUGUAUAAAACCAACACCCAUACUGUA